AUGGCUCGUGCACGAGCCUAUCUGGAAUCGACCGUCACCGACAACCACCCGCUGUUGGCCAUCGGCGACUUCAAUUGGAAGCCCUCCUACGACGUGACCUUCGCCGCCGGCUGGACGAAGGCCCCGCCCGCCACCACGACAACGGCAGCGACGGCACCCACCAGAGCUCUGGCCUUCGGAGGACCAGACACGCCCACACCAGGGUACCAUGACCGACUCCAGCUGCCCGGGAUCCCUCACCACGCCCUCGUCUACUACACGGUCCGACUGCACCACCCUGCACCGCGACCCCGCAGACGGCUCACACACACAGCAGGUUACGCCCGCCUGACGCGCAUCCCCGACGACGUCGAGCUGAUUCAGCACGCCGUGGACCAGCAAGUGUCUUGCACACCCGCCGGCGCCAGCCUGACCGACCGCUGGGCCAACUGGCAUGCACGAGCAGAGCAGACCCUCAAGGAGGGCGUCCGGCUCGGCUGGGUUUACAUCACACGCCCCGGGGAGAGGGCGAAGGGCACCCUCCUCAAGAUGCGACCGACUGCCACGCCCUCAUCCUUCCGACCUCCACAGACGGUCGCCCACCGAUGUCUACUUCGACUCCAACGUCGCUUUGCCGAGGUGCUUCGACGCGACCCGCGUCCGCAGUACCUCUCACCACGCCACUUGGACUGCUACGCUCGCUUGGGUCUGGACGGCCACAUCCAGCUCGCCGACGGCACUCCCACCUACAACGACGCCGUCGAGGUCCUUACGUCAGGGAUCAACGAGUGCGAGCGGCUGGCUGCCAAGGACGCUGCCGCCCGCUGGCGCGCCAAGUUCGCUGAGUGGUCAACGUCGCUCUGGACCACCACCACGCCCAUGUUCAGGGACACUCCACCAGCAGCGCGCCAAGACGUCGACAUUUUCAGGCAGACGUGGCAGCAGCAGUGGGACCCACCCAACCACGACGCCGACGGCCACCUCCAGCGCUGGCGCUCCUGGGCGGCAAACGUCGCUUUCCCACGCUCCAGCCAGGCAACCGACUGGCCGCCGAACUACCACGUCUUCGACAACGCGGUCCAAUGCUCCAAGGGCGCGGCUGGCUUCGACGGCUGGACGGGUGCGGAGCUCCGUCUCGUCGCCGGGAUGGCCCCGGAGAUCACGCACGAGCUCUACAACUUGUGGUGCAACACCACCCGCGAGAUAGCCACCGACGGCAUCAACGACACCGCGGCCAUGCAGCUGUUCAGUUGGAAGAUCGUGGGCAUUCCGAAGAACGAGGGCGACUCGAGGCCCAUCGCCGUGGGCUCCUGCAUCCUGCGCCUCUGGCUGUCCGCCCUCGCAGGGGCAGCCCCCGAGCCGCCGACCCACCAGUGGUCGUGCCGACGUGCCACCAGCGUCACCCACGCCAUCUCGUCGCGGCUCCACUCCUGCACUCUCAGCAGGGCGGGCUCGGAACACGACUUGUCCAAGGCGUACGACAACAUCGACUUCGCUAUCGCGGAGGGCGCUUUCGAGCGGCAGGGCAUGCCGCCACACAUCACUCGGCUGUGCGCGGCGGCGUGGCGUGCUCCACGGUUCUGCACAAUGGGAGGCGAGCUCAGCAAGCCGAUCUGGCCGAAGCGCGGGCUCCCCCAGGGCGACAGCCUCGCCCCAAAUGCUAUCAUCGGCACCCUUACGCCGUGGGCGCCCGACUCCGGCCUGGCGUACAUGGACGACCGGAGCCUGACGGCCACCGACGAGGCUGCCCUCGCGGCUGACGUCGCCAUGACCACGAGUUUCGAUAACGACGUCGGCUUCACGGAGAACGCCAGCAAACGGCAGACCUGGAGCGUCGCCGACGACCCGCCCAAGCGCAUCGAGCACCUCGGCCUCACGGCCGCCCCCACGGACCCCUCUGCGCCCAUCCUGCCGCGAAAGGGCUGGGCAAAGAUCGAGAACGGCAUCGGCAUUCUGCACGGCCUCCCGGGCAGCUCCGCGGCGCGCAUCAUCCUCGCCAUCGCAUACAUCCGGGCACACUGGACCUGGGCGGCGCCGCUGCUGACCCCUGUCCUGGCGGACUACACCAGGCGCUUGUUCCGGGCCUUGCUCAAUACACGCUGCACUUGGUGGUGCUACGGCCGAUUCUGGGCCCUUCACACCAAUCUGCACCCGCAGUACUCGCAGGCUCUCCAGAGCCUCCACGCCGUCUCCCACUCCAAGCUGGUCUGGAGCGACUUCGUGCAGAACGCCAUCGCGGCGCACGCCGCGUCCCUGGGCCUGACGUUCAUCGCGUACAGCGACGACACCCGCGGCGUGCAGCUCGAGGUGUCCCCCACCGACGACCACCGCGUCCUGCAGGUGACGCGACAGGCCCACGGCGCUAACUCCCAGCGCUUCUGGACCACCCACAAGAAGGCAGCCCACGCGCUGCGCGCGGUCGCGCGCAUCCACUGCUUCCAGCAGGCGCGACAGACCCGGCUCGACAGCGAGGAGGUUGACGACGUCGACGUCGACGCGUCGUCGCACCGCUACUUCGCGAGAUGGUACUCCAAGCUGGACGACAACGACAAGAAGCUUCUCACCAUCUACCGCAGUGGUGCAGUGUCUACAUCCACACGCCGGCCAUGCCCGCACCCGUGCAGGUACUGCAACCACGCCCAGCCGUCUUUCCGGCACUUGUGGCAGGAACGACAGGCGCGAGCGCUGCCGAGGGAGGCGGCGGCGGCGGCGGCCAGCGGCGGCAGACCCGGCGGCGCGGCGCAGCGACCUGCGGCGGCGGGCGCGGCGGCCAGUGGCGGCAGGCCCGACGGCGAGGCGCGGCGGCCGGCGGCCGGCGGCUGCCGGCAGGCGGCGACGGGCCGGCGGCGCGGCGCCACGACGAGCGGCCGGCCGGCGACUGGCGGCGACGGGCCGAGCGCCGCGGCGCAGGGCGCAGGCGGACCCCGCCAGGAGAGGAGCGGCACUGCGGAGCUCCCGCCUGACCCCGGCCCUCCACCAGGCCUGUGGGAGGUAGUGGGCGGGCGUCGCUGCACUUCGGAGGCCCACGCGAGGAAGAGCAGCCAGCUCAGGCAGGGGCCCACUUUGAUCAGGGGUGACUCGUUCGGGCCCCUCCUUUUCGGCGGGCCGCCGAAGCAGAGGCAGAGGAAGAGCAGGACCAGCAACACCAAGGACGCGAUCGCCGAGCACAUCGCGAUCAUGAAGCAGGCGACGGCCUUUCACCGCCGGCGCGCGUUUUGGACAGAGAGGUUUGGCAGAAGGUUUGUCGCCACCCGACGAGCGCAAGAAGCGGCCAAGGGUCAGGCGCCGCGCGACGAGGACCAGCUGCCGCAGCAACGCCCCGACCAGAGCAACUUGUCUCUGCACCCUGGGCGGCCGCGCUACGGUCAGGCCCCGCGCCGACCGCACAAGAAAACCGAGGCUGACAAGGAGAUGGCGCGGGCGGGGCUGCUCGGGGGGCACGCCUGCUUUGGCCCGGACGCUGACCGAGAGAUGGCGCGGGCGGGUGUCGGCGAAGUCGCGCCGCUCAUAACCAGAGCGCACAUCCGCCACGGGCGCCCCGAGAGCAGGGACCAGCGAGACGCGCUGUACGGCUACCGCGGACAGCGCGUGGGUGAGGCGAGCCACCCAGGGCCACCGCACAACGACGCUGCCCCAGCCACGCCGCCGCGCGGACGCUCGCAAGCGGACCUGCCCGAGCCAGCGGGCGAGGUUUCGGGCGAAUCCGCGCCCCGGCCGGCGGAAGCCGAGACUCCCCCUCGAGAGCUCUUCGGUUCGCCGGGCCGGUCUCUGUCGCCGCUGCCUGCCGGACAGAGCCACUUCAGCGCCGUGUUCGGACAGGCGCCUGCGGCCGAAUGGGACUUCUCUGGGAUGUUCGCGCCGCCGCGGGAGACAGCCGAACGCGCGGCGGCGGAGGAGCAGCAACAGCCGCAGCAACCACAGCAAGGGCCGGAGUUCCAGGAGCCGGAGCAGCCAGAAGCCAGCGAGGUUUGCUACAUGUGCCAGGAGCCGCUCGACGACUCGAGGGUGCAAUGGCCCGACUGCGGCCACGUCCCGCACUGCUUCCACGCAGCCUGCCUGGCCCGGUUUCGCCCUCUCCGCCGCGGACUCGCACACCUGCGGAACUCGGGCGGCGAUUCCAGCCGGGUAGAGGACGCAGCGUGCCCGCUCUGCAACCACAGGUGGGGCGACGACCCGAACUCUGCCGCGCGGCUCGCGGAGCUGGCGGGCCACCUUGGGCGCGGCGGGGGACUACCUUUCCGAGGGUGCCGCUGCCUGCCUUGCCGGGGAGUUGCAGGCGACCCGAGUUCCGACGAGGAGCGGGCCAGCCGGCACCGAGGGGGGCCCCUCGUGCUGCCGGAGGGGCCGGCACCGCACGCGAUCGCCAUGUGCCCGCGCCACCCGGAGCGACCCAUGCGAUGGCGGCACUCGCGCGGGCCAGAUGGGCUGACGGGCAGCUGGGAAUGCGCCGCCUGCGAUGUCGCCCCGCUCGGUAGCGAGGUCCCGCCGCCGCUGGGCGAGAGGCCGCCGCAGUGCCCUUGCGGCCAGCCAGGGCAGGUCGAGUGGGUCGCCCGGGCCAGCGGGGACGCCGGAGGGCCUUGGAGGUGGCAGGGAAACUGGCUCUGCGAAAGCUGCGCCGCCACAGCGCUGCCCGAGCCAGAGGCCGCACAGCCGGAACGGCCGCCAGAGACAGGAGCAGGAGGCGGGAGCCCGGACCCACCGGCGGCGGACGGCCCACGAACCCAGUUCAGCGGCUGGUCGCCUCCACGACACGCUGCAGAGACCAGCCGCUACCUUAACUCCUGGAUGUACGUGCCGCUCCUCCUGGACGCCGGGCCAGCUCUCGGAGACGGGCUGCACGGGGACCAACUGGGGCUGCCAGCGGUGGUAGGGCUCCUUGCCGACGACAGAGGAUACGUGCAGCCGAUCGCCCAGGACAUCGUGAUGCAGAUCUUCGGGGGGGUGGACUUCAUCCGCGCUGUGGAGGUGCAGGCUGACGCCUACAGGAGCGACAGCGCCUCCGACAGCGCUGGCCCCGCGCUGCCUGCGCCAGCGCCGCCGCCUGCGCCAGCGCCGCCGCCUGCGCCAGCGCCGCCGCGCAGUGGCGGAGGCCGGCGACGAAACCGGCGCCCGGCGCAGUCUGCCUUCCCCGACGCCGCCUGGGUGCUUCUUGACGCAGUGGACUUGGAGGCCGAACUGCGCCGGCGGGUGCCGUGCAUCCGGGCGCCGCCGGCUUUCCUCCGCGGCCGCCUUCGCCAACUCUACCACACGGUCCUCGAGGAGGUCCUACGCGCAGACGCCCUUCCUGGCGACGCCGACGGGCUGCAGAAGGUGAGGGCGUGGAAGCUCCUGGUUCUCAUCUGGCGCAUGCUGCUGCGACGGCGAGGCGAUGCGAGGCGCCAGCGCCUCCUGGAAGACGCGGUGGCGCUGGUCAGAGCAGGGGGCCUCAGCAAGGCGCGGCAGCUGCUCGCCUCGCGCGGGCUGGCGCCGGGCACGGCGGAGACUUUGGCAGAACUGCGAGACCCCGCCCGGCGACCGCCGAGGCCCGCCGCCGACUUGCCGCCUGCCGCCCGAGCCUUCCAGCCGGCUCGACCCGUCGAGCUCGACCGCCGCAUCUGGACCGACUGCGUCCGCUCCGCCCCGAAAGGGUCUUCCAGCUCGCUGAGCGGAGCCAGCGUUGAAUUGCUCAAGCUGGCCUUGGACGAAGACGAGACGCUCGAGCUGCAAGCUGCCGUGGCGGAGCGCUACGCGCGGGCCGAGAUCCCAGCGAGCGUUGCCCGCGCCCUGGGCACAGGCCGCAUGACGGCGCUGCUGAAGGCCCACGACCGCGGGCUGCAGGAGGCGCUGCACGACCUCCUCGACCUCGACCCCGCGCCAGCUGAAGCAGAGAGGCUCUCCCGAGUGAGCUCGCUGCCGCUCGGCCUCGGAGGCCUUGGACUCAGGUCAGCCGCGCGCACGGCCGAGUGCGCGUACUGGGCGUCUUGGGCGGACGCGCUCCCCAUGUUGCGACAAAGAAACCCUACAGCAGCAACGGAGCUCACCGCCACCCUCCUCGCCGGAACAGGCGCCGCAGCCUCGUGCCUCCAGGAAGCUGAGCGCGCGAGGGCUGCCGCCGCCCGCGACGGCUUUGCGACGUGCCCAACUUGGCAGGAGGUCUGGGACGGCGCGCGCCCUGAACAGACAGAGCCAGAGCCGGGCGAGUGGAAGCACGGAUGGCAGUACCACGCCUCCGCCGGCCGCUGCGGCGGACGGCACCUGGCCCUGAUCCCCUCGACGCCAGAAAGCACGUUCACGCCAGAGCGCUUCCGGGCACUGCUCCAGAGACGGCUCCGCUUGCCGCUGGACGCCACGGCAAGCAGGUGCAACGGGCGCUCCUGCCAGGCCCACUUGGACGAGAGAGGCGACCACAGAGCAGCUUGCCCCCGCAGCGGACGCCUGCUGAAGCGCGGCGCUCCCAUCGAGCGGAUGUGGGCCCGCGUGUGCCGGGAGGCAGGAGGCCGUGUCCGCACCGACGUGUUCCUGCGCGACAUGAACCUCCCGGGCAUUGCCGCCAACGACGGGCGCCGCAUCGAGGUGGUGGCCAACGGCCUCCCUGCCUACCACGGCAGGCAGCUCGCCAUCGACGCCUGCAUCGUAUCCCCGCUGAGGGCCACCGGCAGGCCGAUUGCGCGGAGGCUCCGCCCAGGACUCGCGCUGAAACGGGCGAGGCGCCGCAAGCAAACGACUUACCCUGAGCUGGUGGGCUCGCGGCGGGGCUACCUGCUCGUAGCCGGAGCAGAGACGGGCGGCCGCUGGGACGAGGAGGCGUACAAGCUCCUCGUCACCCUGGCCCGCGCCCGGGCGAGGAGCGCGCCGGCGGCGCUGCGAGGAUCGCUUGCGACCGCGCUGCUGCACAGGUGGAGCGGCAUGUUGGCGUACGCCAUCCACGACGCCCUGGCCGCGAGCCUGCUCGAGGACGUGCCCUCUGAAACGCUAGCGACAGACGGGGAGAAUCCCUGGCGAGGGGACGUUCUGUCGGCGCUCCCCUGA